AUGAAGCUAGGGUUGAGCACGCUCUUUGGAUGCGUCAUAGCCGGACUGAUUGGCCAAGGUUCUGCAUUCUUGACUCCCCCAUUUCCGGCUGGCAACAAUACAACAGACGUUUUCAAUUGGGCGGAGAUUCCUGCAUCAAGAGAACUGCAUUAUCACAGUUGUUUUGGUGCCUUUGAAUGCGCCCGAUUAGAGGUCCCGCUGGACUGGUCCAAUCUCUCGAAUCCCGGUUCGGUCAUUCUAGCGAUCACGAGGUUGCCUGCCGUGGUGGACGUGGAAGACAAGUCUUUUGGUGGCACAGUAAUCAUCAAUCCCGGGGGCCCAAGCGGUUCCGGUGUGGCCAUUGUGCUCUGGUCUGGCAAGAGCAUCCAAAAUGUCCUGGACGGUGACAAACAUUUCGAGAUCUUGUCUUUCGACCCCCGUGGUGUACAAUUUACGACUCCCAGUCUGGCCUGCUUCCAGGACGACGCAAUGAGAGACACUCUCAAUCUGCUGGGAGCAGGGUCCGGAAGCCUCGAGUCGAAUCCCCAUGCUUUGGGGGUUAAAUGGGGCAGUGCUCAGAGCCUUGGCCUUCUCUGCGCACAGACGAGCAAAGGCAGAUUUCCCGACGGUUCAACCAUUCGUCAGUUUGUGAGCACGGAAUUGGUGGCCCAUGAUAUAGUAGAAAUCAUUGAUCAAGUGGACGCACAUCUGCGGAAAGAGCUGAAAACUAGGGGUAGUCAGAUCGGCAACCAACAGACGCUUGUCUCUUCUGCUACGAAUGAGGGCCCUCCGCUCCUCAACUACUGGGGCUUGUCGUAUGGCACUUACCUGGGUAACACAUUCGCGUCUAUGUUUCCGCACCGCAUUGGUCGCAUGGUCUUGGACGGUGUCGUCGACGCAGAGGAUUAUGCCGCUACAGGGUGGACGAGCAAUCUCCAGGACAACAUCAAGUCGUGGACCAAAUUCUUCGAGUAUUGUUUCGAGGCUGGAACAAAAUGUGCUCUUUCGGAUCCCCAGAUUAGUGGGCCGGAAGAGAUGCGAUUGCAAGUCGAGGAGUUUCUUGAUGGGCUCCGGAAUAACCCUCUCCCCUUGGUCCAAAACGACAACGCCUACAUCCUCACUCACUUCAAUAUGAAGACCAUCAUCCAUCUACACCUUUAUCAGCCCAUUCAGAUGUGGCCACUCUUGGCCCUGGUUUUGAAAGCCCUGAUGGAGCGAGAUGUCGCUGGUGCUAUGAGAGCAUGGGAGAGUUGGCCGUUUCCCGAAUUCCGGGACUUUGGACCACUGCUUCCAAACACCCCCCCGUCAGCUAUGGUCCCCAACGCCUUCAUGGGAAAGGACCUGCCGCUUCCAGUGAGCUAUCCGUGGCAACUGGAAGCUGGCGUCUCCAUCCUCUGUGGGGACGGCGACGACAUCACCUUCCGUUCAAAGGGAGACUUCACGAAGUACCUCGAUCUGCUGUUAUCGCAGUCUCCCUUGGUAGGGUCGGUCUGGGCGGAAAUUACUCUCCAUUGCAUCCACUGGCCCGCGACUAAUCGUCCGUCGGCUAAAAAUCGAUUCACGGGUCCGUUUCAGUCCAACCUCUCCGAUUACGACCCCCGUGGCAGUCCGUUGCUGUUCAUCGGCAACACGGCGGACCCGGUCACACCGGUGCGUAACGCGUUCAAGAUGGCGGAACGGCACGAAGGCAGCGUGGUGUUGACGCAGGAUAUGCCAGGACAUUGCGCGGGCACGACCAACCCGAGCGUGUGCACGUUUGGGAUCUUGAAAAGGUUCUUCGCCCACGGUGAGCUGCCGGAGGCUGGAAUUGUGUGUCAGGCGGCUGUGAAGCCCUGGGAUGUGUGA